GAAAUUUAUCAAUCAGUUUGCUAACCAGUCUAACUCAAUACUAUUCCGAAUCUGACACUUCCGCUUCCUUUUUAGCCGAAAACUAAACAUGGCGCAGGGCAAAAAUAAAAGGCUCACGAAAGGAGGCAAAAAGGGUGCAAAGAAAAAGAUAGUGGACCCUUUCACCAAGAAAGACUGGUAUGAUGUGAAGGCGCCAUCAAUGUUUAAUAUCCGCCAGAUUGGAAAAACCCUUGUUACCAGAACACAGGGUACAAAAAUUGCCUCUGACGGACUGAAGGGUCGUGUAUUUGAAGUGUCACUAGCUGAUCUACAGAACGAUGAGAUCACCUUCAGAAAGUUUAAACUUGUUGCUGAAGAUGUUCAAGGCCGCAACGUUCUUACAAACUUCCACGGCAUGGACUUGACCAGAGAUAAGCUGUGUUCCAUGGUGAAGAAGUGGCAGUCACUGAUUGAAGCCCAUGUUGAUGUGAAGACCACAGAUGGCUACUUGUUGCGUAUGUUUGCCAUUGGGUUCACAAAGAAGAAGCCAUACCAGGUCAAAAAGACCUGCUAUGCCCAACAUGCACAGAUCAAGCUGAUCAGAAAGAAGAUGGUUGACAUUAUCACAAGAGAAGUCUCUGCUAAUGACAUGAAAGAGGUUGUCAACAAACUGAUCCCAGACAGCAUUGGUAAAGACAUUGAGAAGGCCUGCCAGGGAAUCUAUCCUCUCCAUGAUGUCUACAUCAGAAAGGUCAAAGUCCUCAAAAAACCAAAAUUUGAUGUUGGAAAGCUGAUGGAAAUGCACGGUGAGGGUGGAGCCAAGACUGUGGUCACAGAAACAGGAGAGAAGAUCGAGAGAGGAGAUGGCUUUGAGCCGCCAGUACUUGACUCUGUAUAGGCUGUGUACAAUAAACUGUUAUGAGGCAAUGAAAAUAAAGAGAAAAAUCCUUA